ACUUUUUUCUCUCUCACUCCCUCUCUCUUACUCUUGCUUCUUAACUUCGCUCUUCAACUCAGCUACCUUUAUGACCAACACCUACACUUCACUAACCAACCAGAUUUUAGCUAAACUUCGUCCUUCACUAGACCUAUUGAUUAGUGUGAAGCGAAGUAUUAUUCUACCAACCAAACUUUAGCAUAGAAAAGAAGAUAGCUUAACUAAGCACACACACUAAUUCUCUCACUAACUAGGCUAAUCUAUCAGUCUGCAUUUGACUAGUUAGUUAGUUAGUUCUUGUUCUACUUUUAUUUAACGACUUAAACCAGCUGAAAGUUGACGCCUCGGUGUUUGUUAUAUACACUUUUUCACCAAAGCGACCAAGUUGGACACUUAUUUGAAGAGAAAUAUGUCGCAAUUUCAGCCCAUUUCACUUAGUCAAUCGGUUCAAAUGCCAUCUCAACAGUCAGUGCAGCCACAACAAAUGCUUCAACAGAAUCCCUGUCAAUACCAGCUGGAACCGUGUGAUAUCAAACCCCAAUUCUCGUUAAUUCCAAAUGUUUCACAGAAUUUAACUAACAAUAUGAAUGUUUCACAAGGAGGAAUAGUCAGUGGGAUUAAUAAUGUCACCACGGGACAAUUUGCUACAGCAAUGAGUCAUGCUGAUGUCGCUUCACUAUUGAUGAAUCCUAGUAAACGAGCAGAAACUUUUGUUAUUGAUGAGGUGAGAGUUAUGCUGAAAGAAAUUGAAGCUCGAAAGCAUAUCCUGUUGUCAUUGUCACCGUCGACCAACCGUUUGAAACGUCGAGCUUGGGAAGAAGUUGCUGUCUGCAUGGCAAAUCGAUGGCCUCAUGCUCCUAGGAGAACAGCUGAUCAGGUGAAGAAGAAGUGGGAGAAUCUUGUUUCUAAGACUAAGCGUAAAGUACGUGCUGGUCAUGUUACACCAGAAUUAGACUGGAAUGAAACAAAUGCAGCUGUAAUGCAGUUUCUCACUCAACACAGUCCACCUAUACGCCUACGCUAUUCGACUUCAACAACGCCUUCUCUGCUUGGUCUUGGAGACAUACAGUCAUCAUCGGCAUCAACUGCUUCAACAGCUAUUUCAUCAAUUAGCUGUUCAAAUUCAUUUAAUCCAUCGAAUUCAAAUAUUUAUGGACUACCGAACAAUUCCUUCUUAGAUCCAUACAAUAAUAACAAUGCACAUUCUUUAAUUUUCUCAAAUAACCAACAAUCAUCUCUCUCGUUGUCGACUGCCAAGUCGCCUUUCCUUAACUCCAGUCUACAUCAAGAAAAUAAAGUCAGCAAUAAUAACAAUAAGAACAGUAAUGCACAGCAGUCAUUUGGAAAUCAUGAAUCGAAUGAUUUAAACUCAUUUGGAGUCGAUAAACAACACUUGAAUUCAUCAACAGAAGAAAAUGAUGUCGAUAUGACUACAGGAAAUAAUCAAACUGGUGCUGGAGAUACAACUGAUGAAGUCGGUAAUAUUACUGGAUCAGUGCAUGAAUCAUUUCUAUCCUCAUUUUCUCCAUUCAAUCAAUCAUUGAUUAAUUUCGGUCUACCGUCGAAUACUGAAUCCUUGUAUACAACAUUUAGUCGUGAUAUACAAAAGGAAUUGUAUUCACAAUUGAAACAGGAGCAUGAAAUACGUAUGGAUAUAUUACGCUUACAAAAACAGACUUGGUUGUUACAAAUGAAUCUGUUCAAGAAAAUGAAGGUGGAACAAAUAUCUAGCCUAUUCUCUUCACCAUGUCUUGCUAAUACGAGUAAUACUAAUUCUUCGAAUACUACUACUUCUAAUAGUAACAGUAUUAGUGGUAGUAAUAAUAAUAAUAGUGAUACUAAUACUACAACCAUUGUUCCUGCUAGCACAACAAUGACUGCUACUGCUGCCACUGCUACUACUAACACUCCUGUUUCUGCCUCUUUAUCAACCACAAUGAGUGGAGUAAACGGAACAAUCUGUACGGUGAUAUCCACACCUGCUACCACCGCCAUAACAUCAUCAACAAGUACGUCUACUUUGCUGUCAACUGCCAACGCUUCAUCACUAUUGAAUGUAAAGAUUGAGUCAGAGUCUAUUACACCGAAUCAUUCUUUAUCACCAAUGUUUCCUCACGAUGGUCACACUCACCGGAGUGAUCUACUGACUAACAGCAACAACAAUAACUGUGGUAGACUAAACAUAGGAAAAUAAACAAAACGAUCACUAUUUCAGCGAGCUGUUGAUCAGCUAAGAAGUUCUUGAAAGAAAUUCUUCGAUCAACUAUAUCUGUUCCGAGCUCAUCUUAUUUUUGUACCGUGUUCAACAAACAAACAAACACACACAUACAUACAAACAUAAUUGUUGUACAACAAUCAACGUUCUGAUUUGAUAAUUAAUCAUUAUGAAGUUUUACUUUCGUUUUUGCAAGAAAAGCCUUUCCCCA